AUGUUCGACUCGAUGAUCAACAAUUCGCAAAGAUAUCAACAAUAUCAAGGAGAUCACCUUGGAAAUCUUGGAGUCAAUUCAAGUUAUGAACCAACAAUAACUGUAGUCGUUCCGUGGACACCAGAAUUUGGUCAAGCUUAUCAACAGUUUGUUAAUAGUGGAAUGGGAACGAUGAAUAAUUAUGGAGGAUAUGGAAUAGGAAUUUAA